UUCCCCUCUUUCCAUAGAGGGGUCGUAGUAGUUUGUAGGCCAGACCGUUCCCCUCUUUCCAUAGAGGGGUCGUAGUAGUUUGUAGGCCAGACCGUUCAUGUCUUUCCAUAGAUGGAUCGUACCCUAUUCCAUAUAUAGUGCACUACUUUAGGACAGGACCCUAUGGCACCCUAUACCAUAUAUGGUGCACUACUUUAGACCAGGACCCUAUAUAAGGGAUAUGAUGCCAUUUAAGACGCAGACUUGGUCGUUUGUGUUUGUACCAUUCUCCACCCACGGGCUCAGUAGGGUACCACACACCACCCAUGGGCUCAGCAGGGUACCACACACCACCCACGGGCUCAUCAGGGUACCUCACACCACCCACGGGCUCAGCAGGGUACCACACACCACCCACGGGCUCAGCAGAGUACCACACACCACCCACGGGCUCAGCAUAGUACCACACACCACCCACGGGCCCAGCAGGGUACCACACACCACCCACAGGCUCAGCAGGGUACCACACACCACCCACGGGCUCAGCAGAGUGCCACACACCACCCACGGGCCCAGCAGGGUACCAUACACCACCCACGGGCUCAGCAGGGUACCACACACCACCCACAGGCUCAGCAGGGUACCACACACCACCCACGGGCCCAGCAGGGUACCACACACCACCCACGGGCCCAGCAGGGUACCACACACCACCCACGGGCCCAGCAGGGUACCACACACCACCCACGGGCUCAGCAGGGUACCACACACCACCCACGGGCUCAGCAGGGUACCACACACCACCCACGGGCUCAGCAGAGUACCACACACCACCCACGGGCUCAGCAGAGUACCACACACCACCCACGGGCCCAGCAGGGUACCACACACCACCCACGGGCUCAGCAGGGUACCACACUCCACCCACGGGCUCAGCAGGGUACCACACACCACCCACGGGCUCAGCAGAGUGCCACACACCACCCACGGGCCCAGCGCAGGGCUGAGCAUAAUACCACACACCACCCACGGGCCCAUGGCUGAGCAGAAUACCACACACCACCCACAUGCCCAGUGUAGGGCUGAGCAGAAUAUCAUACACCACCCACGGGCCCAGGGCUAAGCAGAAUACCACACACCACCCACGGGCCCCGCACAGGGCUGAGCAGAGUACCACACACCACCCACGGGCCCAGCGCUGGGCUGAGCAGUGUCCCACACACCACCCACGGGCCCAGCGCAUGGCUGAGCAGUGUACCACAUACCACCCACGGGCCCAGCGCACGGCUGAGCAGUUUACCAUACACCACCCAUGGGCCCAUCGCACGGCUGAGCAGUGUCCCACACACCACCCACGGGCCCAGCGCACGGCUGAGCAGUGUCCCACACACCACCCACGGGCCCAGCGCACGGGCUGAGCAGAGAGCUCUCUAGCCUUUCAUGUCGUGUGUCUGUUUGUAGACGCUGUGGACACUCACGCCAACCAAAAAGCCCCAGACACAGCUGGCCAGGCCUGUGUGAUGGUACUGCUAAUGAGAUGUGCAUUCAUCCUCCUGCUGCAUUCAACAGCUCUCCCUUGUUUUCCUCCUGGUCUGGCUAGGAGAACAUAUGUCUGUCUGCUGUCUCCUUCCUCCUGGUCUGGCUAGGAGAACAUAUGUCUGUCUCCUUCCUCCUGGUCUGACUAGGAGAACAUAUGUCUCCUUCCUCCUGGUCUGGCUAGGAGAACAUAUGUCUGUCUGCUGUCUCCUUCCUCCUGGUCUGGCUAGGAGAACAUAUGUCUGUCUCCUUCCUCCUGGUCUGACUAGGAGAACAUAUGUCUCCUUCCUCCUGGUCUGGCUAGGAGAACAUAUGUCUCCUUCCUCCUGGUCUGGCUAGGAGAACAUAUGUCUGUCUCCUUCCUCCUGGUCUGGCUAGGAGAACAUAUGUCUGUCUGCUGACUCCUGGUCUGGCUAGGAGAACAUAUGUCUGUCUGCUGUCUCCUUCCUCCUGGUCUGGCUAGGAGAACACAUGUCUCCUUCCUCCUGGUCUGACUAGGAGAACAUAUGUCUGUCUGCGGUUUCCUUCCUCCUGGUCUGGCUAGGAGAUCAUAUGUCUCCUUCCUCCUGGUCUGGCUAGGAGAUCAUAUGUCUCCUUCCUCCUGGUCUGGCUAGGAGAUCAUAUGUCUGUCUCCUUCCUCCUGGUCUGGCUAGGAGAUCAUAUGUCUGUCUCCUUCCUCCUGGUCUGGCUAGGAGAUCAUAUGUCUCCUUCCUCCUGGUCUGGCUAGGAGAUCAUAUGUCUGGAGAACACAUAUCCUGGUAUAACAGAUGGUAUGGUGUGUUUAAUAGAGGUAUAACAGAUGGUGUGUUUAAUAGAGGUAUAACAGAUGGUGUGUUUAAUAGAGGUAUAACAGAUGGUAUGGUGUGUUUAAUAGAGGUAUAACAGAUGGUAUGGUGUGUUUAAUAGAGGUAUAACAGAUGGUAUGGUGUGUUUAAUAGAGGUAUAACAGAUGGUGUGUUUAAUAGAGGUAUAACAGAUGGUGUGGUGUGUUUAAUAGAGGUAUAACAGAUGGUGUGUUUAAUAGAGGUAUAACAGAUGGUGUGUUUAAUAGAGGUAUAACAGAUGGUGUGUUUAAUAGGGGUAUAACAGAUGGUGUGUUUAAUAGAGGUAUAACAGAUGGUAUGGUGUGUUUAAUAGAGGUAUAACAGAUGGUAUGGUGUGUUUAAUAGAGGUAUAACAGAUGGUGUGGUGUGUUUAAUAGAGGUAUAACAGAUGGUGUGUUUAAUAGAGGUAUAACAGAUGGUGUGUUUAAUAGAGGUAUAACAGAUGGUAUGGUGUGUUUAAUAGAGGUAUAACAGAUGGUGUGUUUAAUAGAGGUAUAACAGAUGGUAUGGUGUGUUUAAUAGAGGUAUAACAGAUGGUGUGGUGUGUUUAAUAGAGGUAUAACAGAUGGUG